GGGGUAAGAAUCGAUCCCAAGAUCUCCUGGAAUAGGAACGGAGCUCUAACCACUUGAGCUAUCCUUCACUCGCAUUCUCUCUGUUUUCUUUAGUGUGAUCAAUUUUUUUAAAUUUGUUUUAUAAUUACAGAACUUUUAUCCUAUUUUACAAUUAGGUUUAAUUUUUUAUAAUUAAAUAAUAAUGCUAAACUAAUGAUAAGUAUUAAGUAUUAACCUAGUUAAUAAAAUUAAAUUGUGAAUGAAAAUCAACUCAAAGAAGGAAAAAAAAAAAAACUCAUUAUUAUUAUUACUAUUUUUAUUUUUAUUGUUAUCAGUACUAUACAAGGGAGAAUAAUCUAGAAUAGCCAUGUGGCUGAUUGAUAUAAAUACCCUAAUAACCGUUAGCGGAAUCUACGCUCACAUCAUUUCCACAUUUUUUCAAUCAUCUGAGACCUCUCUCUCCUCACUCUCUCUCCUCCAUUUUCAAGCUCUCAACGAUGGCGUCUCUCCCUCACUUUACCAUCAUUUUCAUGAUGAUUUUCACCUCAUUUUCACUCCUCCCUUCCGCCAUUGAUGCUCAGUUAUCAACCUCAACCUUCACAUCUUCAACCUCACCUUCACCUUCCUCGACCGCCGCCUCUUCUCCGCCGCCAUUUCCGUACUCCUCCUCCGAAGCUCAGCGUUCGUCUGAAGUUCUCUCUCCUCUCAACUCCAUCACCAAAAUCCUCGCCGAACUCGUUCACUCGCUCUCUCUGUCCUCCGCCUCGCACUCGCCGUGGCUCGGCCCUGUCACCGUCUUCGCUCCGGCAGAUGCUUCGGUGCGAACUUGUACUUCCUGCUCGCUCACUCUCCUUCUCCAGGAACACACUGUUCCAGGAAUCUAUCCUCAGGAUUACCUCAAUCAGCUCAUUUUCGGCACCAAAAUCGAGUCGAUUCUCCCCGGUCGCUGCUUAACCGUCACCUCCGCCGCAAAUUCCACUAAAAUCUUCAUCGGCGGCGCCGAAAUCACCCAUCCAAACCUCUUCAUCAGCGACCACGUCAUCAUCCAUGGCCUUCAAGGCUUCAUCUCUCACCUCUCGCCGUACUCCUGCUCAAUGGACAGGAUGACGUCACUCUCUCUCCGUCAUCUCUCACCUUCCGUCGCCUUAACUCGGAUGAUGCUCGUCGACGCCGGAAUCCGGCUCCGAUUGAGCGGCUACAGCUUCCUCGCUCUCGCAAUGCGUGUCAAGUACGCCGAGCUCGUCACUCUCCAAAACAUGACGAUCUUCGCCGUCGACGACUCCUCCAUCUUCCAAGGAGGCCACUCCUACGUUCACGGCGUUAGGUUUCACAUAAUCCCUAACCAAAUGCUGAAGUUCGCCGAUCUCGAAUCUCUGCCGCCGUCAACGGUGCUUCCGACGCUCGAAUCCGGCGAAACCCUCACCAUCACCACUCCAGGCGGCGGCGGAACCUCGUCUCCGAUGAGAAUCAACUAUGUCAAAAUCAAGUAUCCAGACCUCAUCUACAACUACAAGCUUGUUGUUCACGGUAUUGGUUCUCCAUUCCCUCAUCUCCGUCAAUCAAUUCCUGUUUCCACUGGACGGUCAGGAUUUUAUCCGAUUACUGCUGGUGAGUAUGGAUCUGAUGUGACCGAGUCUAGCUUUGGUAAUGUGCGCCCUACUUCUUCUCAGGCUUCUGCUCCUUCUCCUGCUGUGAUUAUGAACAAUCCAGUGGUGGUUAAUCAGAUGGAUGAAAUUCAUAGGUCUUUGAUCAUGUUUUUAAUCAUGCUAAUAAUUGACCUGAUUUAGCUCUACUCUUGAUGUCGUUUUAAUAGUAUUAGUUGCGUCGUUUUGUUUCGAUUACUAUUUCCUCAAUUUGUGUGUUUAGUUUGUGAAUUGUGAUGAGUGUAAGCAGCAUGUAAUCGGUUUGUAGAUGAACAGAAUACUCAAUACUAGUGAAGUUUUGUUUUUGAA